ACUUGUCGUCAAUAAAUCGCCAACAUCUUCAAUAAGAAUCACCGAGUCUUUCAAACUUGACGAUCUCCUUCUCUUCAUAUCGUACUAUCCAGAGCUCUCCCAAAAGUCCAAAUCAAUACAUAUUACCUCCGAUUCCGUCGCAGUUCUGUCCGGCGCUUCAACGCCACGAUUCUCAAUCCUCCCUCCUGUACCGAUCCAUUUCUUACAACAUAAUCCACAAUGGACCGAUUCAAUCGUAUGCUUGCGGCUGCCUCGGGCAUGGGCAUCCCUGGAAGCGCCCCUGGCCAUGACACAAAUCUUGUCGAUAACUCAGAAACCGUUUACAUCUCCUCCCUUGCUUUGCUGAAAAUGUUAAGGCAUGGUCGCGCCGGCGUACCUAUGGAAGUCAUGGGUCUCAUGCUUGGAGAGUUUGUGGAUGACUUCACCGUGCGAGUCGUCGAUGUAUUUGCCAUGCCACAGUCCGGAACUUCAGUCUCAGUAGAAUCCGUUGACCCCGUCUUCCAGACGAAGAUGAUGGACAUGCUACGUCAAACCGGUCGGCCAGAGACUGUAGUGGGAUGGUAUCACUCGCAUCCAGGAUUUGGAUGCUGGCUAUCGAGUGUCGAUAUCAAUACCCAGCAAUCAUUCGAACAGCUCACACCUCGUGCGGUCGCAGUUGUCGUCGAUCCCAUACAAUCUGUCAAGGGCAAGGUCGUUAUUGACGCAUUCCGCCUCAUCAACCCGCAAACCAUGAUGAUGGGACAAGAACCCCGCCAGACCACUUCAAACUUGGGACAUCUGAACAAGCCUUCGAUCCAAGCACUCAUCCACGGAUUGAACAGACAUUACUACAGCAUUGGGAUCCAAUACCGCAAAACAGGGUUGGAAGAGAAUAUGUUGAUGAACUUGCACAAAGAGGUCUGGACAGAAGGUUUGGAGCUGCCGCAUAGCUUUGGUGGCGAGAGAAAACGGAACGAAGAGGGUCUGAAACAACUUGUCCAUCUCGCAGAAGGCUACGAGCGCAGAGUCAGGGAAGAGAACGAAUUAUCACCGGAGCAGCUGAAAACUCGAUAUGUUGGCAAGGUGGACCCGAAGAAGCACAUCGAGGAUGUUGGGCAGCGAUUGAUAGAGGACAAUAUUGUCGCCGUAUCAAGACAGGCGAUCGACAAAGAAGCCAGCGUCCCCAAGAAGGCACAUCAGACAAAUGGUCACGGGCUGGCAAAUGGUGCAGAUGGCGACAUGGAUGUGGACGAAGAACUGUGAGUCGGUCACGAGAAAAGAUCGGCACUCGACUGUGUAACUUGUAUCUACAGAUUUCAUGGCGGGCAUGGCGUUCGGCUGCUGCAUAGACAGGCGAAACAUUGGCGGCACCUGCGGGAAUGUGCAAGACUCGACGCAGAAAAGCGUUAUGAGAUGCUAAAAACCUUUGACAAUACAAUUGUUUGAUAAUUAAAA